CUGCACGAUUUAUGCAUGACCUAAUUUCUAGGCACGAGUACGAGAUGACAUCAUCUGUUCCAGACGUCGCAUAAGGAGAAGUAAACGUUUUACUUACGGUAGAAUAGCAAAUGACCGUUUUUACGGUGAUGAAUGAUGAUGUUCGCGUACUUAAAUAAUUUCCACGAGUAUCACGGUUUCUUAAAAUUAAUCUCGUGAGAAGGUAGCCCGGUGCACCUGGCACCGCUUCUUAAGAAUCGUUUUUUCUUCGUGUUGCUCAGAGCUAUGGAAGCUGGCCACGACGAUGCCGGUGUACCCAUUGCCAGAAAUUGCACUUCCGUUCCGCGAAUUCCCACGGAAAUGGGCACAAUCGCGACUACGACAAAAGAUGUUCGCGUAUAACGUGCACCACCUUCAUUAUUCCCUGGCAACCAUUCAACAGGUUCACGCUCGACAAUUCCUAACGGGCGCAUCGCUAAAGAAUUAUCCGCGCAAACAAUGCCCGUAACGAAUCUCCGAUUCCUAUGUACCUGUUACUACGCAAAUCUUGAGGCUAGUCCUAUCCUCGACCUUCAUCUAUCGCACUACUUGUGCAUGUUAUCUAUUCGAUAACAUGCACCAACGGCAAACUUGGAUUUGAUAGCGUAACGCUCCUAGCAACAAAACAGGUGAUUCUCUCGCUGGCAAACACGCGACGUGUAGAUGCAGCCACGUGUCUUCCGGUCGUCUACUCAGGAUGUGCAAGCAGGCACGAGACUUCCUUGAGAAAUAAUCUAGAAUCGGCUCAUCGUCCGGGAGAUAAACGCAGGGGAAGAACGUUACACGCGAGAGGGAACGGUGUUUAUUCUCUGUCCUCUGUCUACGACAAAUCCAUGAGAGAACACCUGUGCAACGAAAUACCUUGCUAAACGGGUACCCCACCUGACCGCAGAUGAAAGAGAGACGGCCAGUCUUUUACGACACGCAAAAAGGAUUGUUUUACGCGACUCAUUCGGUCGUUCUCCCCUCAUUGAGAUGCAUCCGGUGCCACCCUCACCACUUCCUGGAUGUUGCGUGGGAUUUUCAUUUUCAACAUCACGCUUUGCAGUUCUCCCACAAGAACUCGCACCUCUGACCAACGUCUCUCGAAUCUUAUCUCUUUUGUUCCAUAUUUUUUCGCAAUCGACACACGUCAGAUGAUUUGUAAGCAAUAACGUUUGACUGACACGUUGCAAAAUGAUUACGAGUAAUAUUAUAAGAAAAGAAAGAAGGUUCAGAAAGAAAUCUUUUCCAAAUUAAUUAGUGUAACAUGAAAAGGUGCAUAAUAAGGUGAUUUCGCAAAUUUCAUUGUAUCUGAGUAUUUAAACUCUUUCCGCGGCAUGAGGUCAUUCAUUGGAGUACGACACUAACACUAGCUUAUGCUACUUGGCGAAUGGGCUAUAUCUGAUUGGUCUCGACGAUUCUGUAUGUACGCACGUAUGUAUAGUAGUGUGCUCGACGAUGGCCACUCUAUAUAAACCAACACAUACAUUUCCCCGCUGGCUCUUAGAGAUGCAGGCCACGAGAAAGCCAACGAGGUAAAUUAACAAUUACCAUUGAAAAGUGUCGAUUUGCCUCGUUGAUCUCGCGUCUAUCCUAGCAGCGCAACGCUAAGCAUGUGCUAACCGACGGCAAUCGCCUUGUACAUAAAAUUUAAUAAGCAAAUGCUCUUCAAAUUUGCAUGAUGUUAACCGAGUUAAUCGAUGAUAAUUUCAAUACGAAGAUACACAUUCGACGGAGCAUGUAACUUUAUACUUACUGAUAUGUAUACAGCUGUGAGAAAAAAUCGAAGCUAAUCGAGUACAAAUUAAUCUAUUUAUUCGAUUUGUAAAAUAAGACUAUAGUUCUUAAAUUUCAUGGUACUUUCCUAAGAGCGUCUACGAACAGUAGCUCGUAUCGGUUGAAAGAAAAUAGGGACGAUAAUGUGAAAAGUAUGUAAAUAAAUUCACCGCGCUUAAUGUAUUGCCAUGCAAACACGAAAAUCCGCCGAAUAAACGUACGUACGAGUGUCCGUGAUAAGAUUAUACACCCGCUGUUUUCAAAGUUGAACUUAUUUCUUUUUUCACUCCUUUGUCAACACACGUAUCGACGUAUCCAGCAUUCAAUCUCAUACACGCUUCUAUGCAUUGUGAAAUGUAUGAAACGCAUAAUCGAAAGAUCUGAGGCAAUAAUUAUUAACUACUACCGGAAAAAUUCUCACGAGGAUCGGGGAUAUGUGCAUAAAGUAUAAAUUCUGAUAAUCUCUGGCUUUCAAUUAUCUCGGAGGUUAAUCCGCGCGUUGAUGCAGUCACGCGUAUUCAAGAAAUACGGGUGAAGGGGACAAACGUCGUUUAAUCGAAAUUGUCGCCGAGACCCCCCUCGUCCGAUAAAUAAAAGUAAAAUUUAAUCGUAUUUACCAUAGAACUGCAUAUCGGGACGCGUCUAAUGGUAACGAUCAGCAUUCUGCUCAUUAACUUGUGUGUAGUAGGGGUCGAUAACUGUAUAUGCAACUUUCUCGUGCAUGUUUUCAAAGUGCCGGGACACCGUUCUCGUGUCGAAGGGAUUAUGCUCUGCAAAUGGCGGUCGGCGGUUACUUCGUUUCUCUUUCGUGCGACGCUAGACAGGGAGUGGGGUGCGACGGGAAAACGAGCGACCGCGAUGAUAACCGGGAACGACCGAGGGGGUUUUAGAGGCUUGGUCGGUUGCAACGGGAGGCGCAUACUCCAGUCGCUAGAGAGCGCUUUGCACGUGUGGAACGUGUCCUCGCGCAGCUCCGCGCGUUACAGAGCACGCACGCACCUCGUCAACAUAACUGCGCAAUCGUGCACGACCUUCCGCCGAACUUGGAGCCACGCGCGUGUCUUGACAGCCGUGUAUUUGGCGGGAAGCGUGAGACUGUUUUCGUACGCGAAUUAGUGCGGUUUCCAAGCCGAUUCGGUGGCUCCCCACCGUGCCAGAGGACAGCAUAUUGGUGCUUUCGGGCCGUGUGCAAUAACAUUUUGCUCGUGAAGUAUCUUUGCGCCGAGAACGGGAACUUCGAGUGAUACCGCCGUAUGUUCCCCGUUUCGUGGUGGCGAUCGUCGCGGAUCUGGAGCACCGAUACUGGAUCAGCAUUUAACUCCAAAUACGACGUAGUAAUCUUCGCGGGUAUACAUCGAAGCACGCUUGCCUUGUCUCUUGGAGACUCUCACGCGCAAGUGCGUACAACGUUGCCAGUUCGUCGGAUUCGUGGGUUACGUCGAUGGAUUUGUGAGAAGAGAGCCGAAGGAAUCUCGAAUCUACUGGGGAAACUAUCGUUGCCACGGAUUUCAGUUGCCCCGAUUGUUAUACGGUGUACCGGAUUUGGAAAAGAUAUGAGAUAGCCGCCGCUGUUUUCCAGCGUAUCUUCCCUCUCACUCUCUCCCGCUGUGGUACGCAAUAGUGUGUUUACCGUGUUGCCAAACUUUCCGUGUUUUACAUGCACGUCCCGGUCGUCGAUGAUACGUUCUGCCUCGAAGUAUAACCUCGAAUCCGCGAGUGUACGCCGAUAUCGCCGGGAAUCGGUGUCGCGAAGUUUUUGGCGUACCCGAGUAAGCGAGUCGACGAUCAACGGUGUAGGGAAUCGCGAGACGACGCUGUGCACGGCCAUUAUUCGAAAUUCGGUGGGUCGCGCCACGACAACGUUGCCACGUCCUCUCGAGCCGCGAGUAUUUCAACGUUCCGUGAACGAUUCCUGGAAGAAGAAUCAUCUUCGUGGACGAGACGCGUAUGACGUGUCUCUAAAAAGCUCGAUUUUUAAUCCGGUAACGUGAACGAGUCGUGAAAUUGACCGCGAGUACUACGUCGAGUCCUGUCGCGAAAACACAGGGCCGACGGGAGGAGACGAGCCGAAAGACGUGUAGUGGUGUCAGUGGAAAACAAAAAAGUUGAUCGCGUGAACGAGGAAAAAGACGAACGUUGGUUCCUGGGGAAACGCUCGGUUCGUAACUGCCAAGCAGAGGGACGGCGACAUUGCCGGCUAGUGAAAGACUGAACGAAAUAUGAGCGCUCGGGUGUUGAAUCCGGUGAUGAUGACGGAAAUGAGCAGGAAUCUGGGUGGAGGACGAACGGUGCCGAGCAGAGCAGCUCUCGCGCGUGUCCGUCGGGACCUAUUCGGGCCCGUGGAUCAUGCCGCGGCCCGCGCGUUAGCUGAACGCGAGCUUCGCGCUCAGUCGGAGCUCGACUCUGAACGAUGGGGAUUCGACUUUCACUUGGAGAUACCGAGAGCCAAUUCGAGGUACGAAUGGGAGCUGAUCACGCCGCAGGACGUGGUGCCCGAACCCUACGCCCUUCGAGGUAUGCCCUACAUAAGGACACACGCGCCCAGCACGCCGCGAAAAGCACGAGACUCGCCGCCGAGCACGAGACUUCAUCGCAAGAAUUCCUCUUCGACGCCGUCCACUCCGAUUAUCCCGAAAUCGGAAAGAACGCCCCCGCAAGAGCCGAGAGUGCCGCAGAUCGGCGAAAUCACCACGAACGAAUUGUUCGAAUUCGACCAGGACAAGAAGAUUUACAUCGUCGAACCCACUACCCCUGUCUUGUCGACUUCAGCAACGAGGAAACAGUCCUCCAUAACCGACUUUAUGAAGAGCCGUAAACGUAGCCUAAACGGUAGCGCGAAGAGCAUGAUAGAGCCGCCGGAGAAGAUCGCCCGCAACGCGGGUCAGAUACGCAGCUAAAGAGCCUUCCAGUUCAGCUUCCUCCUUCAGCCUCGCUGUCUUCUUUCAUCUCUCACAGGAGCGCGAGUGGGACCGGAAACACGAAGCAUCACUGCCAGGAGGAACGAAGAAAGGCAGAAAAGCUCUGGGUAGAAGGCGCGAGGUCCGUUGGCUGUGCCAUUCACGUAGAUUUAUCCGCCAUGAGUAUAUAAGACGAAAACGGUGGGCAGAAAUAGUAGCGCUGUUUUAUUUUAUUUUCUUUAUUUCUAUUUUAUUUUAUUUUUUUCUUCAUCUCGUACACUUCCGUAGCCACGCUACAGAAACUAUAAUUAGUAACAACGAUCUGUUCUACGGUCGUUGCUACGUUCUUGGUUUUUCUUCUUUUUUAUUCUUUGUAUCGUCAUUCUCAUGUCGUUGUCUUCCCUUGCAUUAAGCUAGGACAGACUAACGAUUUAGGUACACAUAUAUCUAGUGAGAGUGAACGGGAGAUGGAACGAGUGCGAGUUUUUCACGAAAUUAAUUGAUAUAAUAUAUACAUUAAUUCUACAGUGAAACGAGGUGCAUGAGUGACGAGAUGAUGUUGCUACACGUGUACACUUUGGUGUGAGAGUGUACCAAGAUAAAAUAUAUAUUAUAUGGAUAUUUUCAAGGGUAGAUUUUUAAGUAAUAUUAGAUGCUAAGGGUGGAAGUACAUUGCGUUUCUAUCGAGAUCCACCGAUUUAAUCGGUCUGUCAAAAUCCCGGAUACAGGCGAUGUUCCAGUGCCUGGCUGUUGGUAAUCAGAGGCUGUUUCGACUUAUUCCUCCGGGCGUUUUUAUCGACCGCCUAGCUCGAUGCAAAUUCCCGGAGUAAUGAAAAAUCAAAUCCGACAUAACUUCGCGACAGUCUCGACUCGCCACUCGAGACGCUCGCGAAAUUAUAUGACAAUAUUAUUUUUUUCACAGUAGACAAAAUUCGGAGCGGUAUUUUUCAGAGAAUAGGAACGCAAUCAUAUUUUCUUUUCUUGUAGCCGAAAAGAGAUCAGUCUCGAAGAAGAUAUGAUUUAGGUGUAGUUUGUUACCCAUGUUUAAGCAUUGAUCUCCUGUACGAUUUUAAGAGAGUACAGCCGAUGCCAAAUCACAUCUCCAUGCGAUUUUUUUCUUAUAUUAUACAUCUUUGAAGAAGGUACCUUCGUCAUCGUGUCUUUGGCUAUUCUCACCUCUGUCAUUUCAUCGUCAUUAAAUCGCAUCGAGUGUUAGUAUGCUUAGAAAGCUAAAGUGAAGAUUGCAAUUAUUUAGAUCCUUUAUCUCAAAUAAGGAAACAAUCACUGAAUUUUUUAUGCCAUGAUAUUCAUGGCGAUUAAUCAAAGGAACGAUGAUCGUUUGUAUCAUAGACAUAGGAUGCAAUCUUUAUUUCGCUGUUUUCGUUCUUGUAUGAAUCAUCACGAAGAAUUCUCUUGAUUUUUAAUGUUUUACGAUCAGACUUUACAUACUAUCGGUGGUGUAGCGUGAAAAAGGAAGCUGUUGGAAGUUCUCGGUGGCCUGUUAGCAUGGUAAUCGAUUUAUUUUUCUUCGUGCAGGCAUACGAUUUGACAUAUUUUCCGAGUAUGAUUUGUAAAUGUAAAUAAAUUGAAUCGGAAUCCCUUCACGACGAAACAAACGAGACGUAUAUGUAUACAUAGCUUCUGGAGGUCUUUAAACGGUACUUGAAUUUACAAAUUUUGUAUUCGAGUUUUACGUACACGAAAAGUGGGAGUUUUCACAACGCACGCAGUUUACACAUUUCGCAACGGACCAAAACCGAUUCUUCGUCAUUUCCUUCGUCGCGGAUGAAUUUACACAAAACAUAAUAUUAAUGUAAAUGUAAUUGUAUAUCUUAAAUGAUACAUUGAUUUUAUAAUGGUAGCUGUUUAUUACAAUUUUUUUUCUCUUUGUUUAUGAAUAAUUUGGUUAAAAGCCUCCCACCCCGCCCCCAAUCGCCAAACCCCCCCUUUUUUGUUCCCGGUUCAACUUUUGUUCCCUUCUUCUUUUUGAGAUUAUAUAAUUGAAAAAUACGACUGGUGGUUACAAGCUAUUUUUUUCGUAGUUCACUCGCGAAGUGCGCUAUGAAUCGAUUCAUCUUGAUUCAUCGUGGAAUUCUAAUAGUCGUUUUUCAUACCGGUUACACUGUGUUCGAACGGUUGAAUGCCGCUUUUCAUAGCUGCGAUACGCUGUGAGAGGAGGCCGCGCGAUAAAACGAAUCCGAACCGAAGUCUAAUAGUUUCGAACGGACACCGCGUUGAAUUUUCUCUCUCAUCGUCGGGUAACACAAGAAUCGCGUCGGUACGAGGAAAAAUCUGAGAGACACGCAUCGAACGACUAUGGAAUCUCAUCAGAUCUGAAAGGGUCACGGAUGUAAACCAACAAAUAAAAGAAAGUUAAUCUGUCGUCGGGGAAGAAACGAAAAAAAAUAGUAAAAAGAGAAUAAUCUUAUGUCUAUGUAACCCUGUGAUGUAUUAGUAUGAUCUCAGUAAACUUACAAUUAGUGCGUACUUUUUGUUUGUAAUAAGUAUAUAUAGAUAUAUAGAUAUAUGUGCGUUUCAAAACGUGACGCGAAACCCUUCCCUUCACUACCCCUAGUUGGAAAAAGUGUGAAAGAAUAGCAUGUUCGAUCGAGCAUAUGUGUGCGCGACGUUUGCUUGCGUGAGUGAAUGAGAGACAAGAAAAAUGAACAGAAGUAAUCCCAGUGCCUCAUUUCCAGUUAGUAUUCGUGUAAGAAUUUUAUGUGUAACGACAAUAUAUUAUAUAAACCAUAAUCAUAAGAGAGUCUAAAAAACUAACAUAAAUAAGUGAAUGCCUAUGUUUAUUAAAAAAAACGAUUUAUCUAAAAA